GUAGAUUAUUUUUCCAUCACCAUUCUCUCUUCAUUGUAAACUCUCUCUAUCAAUGAAGAUCCCAGUUCCACACCAUAUAUUCUAUUUUUUAGUGUUAACAUUUGGCACCCACCGUGGGACCAAGUUCUUGUUUCCCCACAAAUACCACAUGGUGAAUUUGGGAAACUCAUCAACACCUCUUAACGACAUUCAAAAUCUUGGAAAUAAAAGAAGAAUGAGCACCUCUUCUUCAUCAAGAGCAAAUUCCAACGAUAAUGCUGGCAGAUCUAAACCAAAAGCUCUGUCAAUAGCAUCACAAGUGCCAAGGAUUGCAUAAGAUAUGGAGAAAACAAGGCAAAGCUUGAAGACAAUGGAAAGGGCCAUAGCAUCCUUGAUGAACACAUCAAAUACUCCAACACAAAAUCUGAGGAAAUAGGAGAGAAUGUAGAGGAUUUCGUCAUCCAAAAACACAAGGGCAGAGGAUUCAGUGUGUGGAAAGAGUAAUUAUGACAAUGGAAGCUAUGCACCUUCAAGACUAACAAAGCCAGCUACUGAUUCAUAUCUGUAGCCAUCCUCUACUUUCACUAAGUACAAAAUCCAAGAAAGAGACAUGCGGACAAACACACAAACAAAUGGAAGAAAAGGUGCACCACAAAAUCAUGGAACUUCUGAUGCUUUGUUAUGCAAGCAAUUUCUUACAACCUUCAAGAAAGUAGCGCAAGCUUG